GGCAUGUAUUCGCACCCAGCAGCUUCCGCUUACUUUCCUUUCUCUCUUCACAAACAAUUUGUUAUUAAUUAAUUAACAGUUUAGUGUUAACCACAUACAUACGCACAUACACCACAAUUCACUUCUCUUCAAGCUUCAAACUAUGGCAUCCGCCUCUUCUUCUGCUUCAAUCCCACCACCACGAUCAUGCACCUAUGACGUGUUCUUGAGUUUUAGAGGAGAAGACACUCGCACAGGCUUCACUGGCCAUCUCUAUGCGGCCCUCAACAGGAAGGGAAUCACAACCUACAAAGAUGACAAAAACCUUCGCAAAGGCCAUGUUAUUUCAAAAGAACUCCUCAAAGCAAUUGACGAGUCCAUGUUUGCUGUUAUUGUUUUCUCACCGGACUAUGCUUCCUCCAGUUGGUGCUUGGACGAGCUCCAAAAGAUCAUGGAGUGUAAGAACCAGCUGGGGCUACAGAUCGAGACUGUGUUCUACGGUGUGGAGCCUUGUGAUGUGAGGCACCAAAGAGGAAUCUUUGAGGAAGCUUUCAAGAAACACGAACAGAGACAUGACCGUGAGAAGGUCAAGAGAUGGAGAGAUGCGCUAACACAAGUUGCUGCUCAUUCUGACAUGGAAUCUACUGUUCGUCGACAAAUUUUUUGUUAUUUUCACAUUGGAGGUAAUAUUGAAGUUGUACCAAACCAGAAAAUUAUUUAUCAUGGAGGAAAAAUUAUAGGAGAGCUAAUUGAAGAAGGAUGCACGCAUUCAAAUUUAAUGCAUAAGAUAUGGCUUCGAACCAAAGAAAAUAUGCAGAAUAAACGCAUUACCUACACACUCAUGUAUAUAUCAUGGAGGUAGAAAAGACUAACCAUGAUAUUGCACCUCAUGAGGACAAUGACGACAACGUUCAUGACAGGUAUGUAUUCCAACUGGGUUAUCUUUUUUUAUAAAUUUUCUUAUAUUAGUGAUUAGUGAAUUGUUAUAAAAUUAAUUUAAUUUUUUUAUGAUUAGUACACUAUCAAGUAAUUCAACUCAAGGAGUCGACGUUGUUACUAAUAUUGAUGGUCAAAAUCCAUUGACACCAAUUCUAUGUACAACCCAACUUGUCCCUACACCUCAGAUUAUCAAUGGCUCUGCUAAGUAGAAUGAUCUUAUAAAGGAAGAAGGACAGAUUUUUCAAAAUGCAAGUAAGCUGAGGAAAGCAUUAUUUGAAUAUGGUAUUGCUCAUAAGUUUACAUACAAGUUCUUAAAGAACAGUCCGGGUAAAAUAAUUUGUGUGUUGUCCGUGGAAAUUGUCGGCUUAUGCUAUGGGAAAAAAUACUUCGUUUCUCGUGGUGAGACAUUUUAUCAAGAAUCAUAAGCACUCAGCUCAAGAUGUAUUGGAGAGUACUCACUCUUUCAGAUCUAAUUUGGUGUCUUCAAUUAUUGUCGACAAGUUGAGAUUAACUCCCGACAAGUUGCCUAAUGACAUACGAAAUGAUAUUUUCAAGGAAUACGGAUUUUCACUAACAUAUCACCAAGCUUGGGCUGCAAAGGAGAAAGCAUUAGCUGAAAUUAAUGGCGUACCUAAAGAUUCAUAUAUGCUAAUUCCCUGGAUAUGUAAUCGUUUAGUGAAAACUGAUCCACAAACAGUUGCAAAAUGGACAUGCUCUCCUAGUUAUCAAUUUGAAAAGCUUUUUGUUGCAUAUGGGUGUUGUGUGACAGGUUUUCUUCGUGGAGCAAUGCCUAUAUUAUUUAUUGAUGGUUGCCACUUAAGUGGUCCAUACAAGGGAACUCUUCUAGCUGUCUCUACAUGCGAUGCAAAUAAUGAUUUAUUUCCGAUUGCGUAUGCAAUUGUUAGUGCUGAAAAUAAUGAGAAUUGGCUUUGGUUCCUAUCUAAUUUGAAAGAACUAACUGGGUCAAUUCCAGUUACGUUAAUAUCUGAUAAGCAUCCAUCAAUUAUUGCAGCUGUGGAGCAAGUAUAUGACAGGGAUAGACAUGCUUAUUGUUAUCGACAUGUGAAAGAAAAUUUUUGUGCAGAAACUAAAAAGUUACAGAGGGGAAUACGCGGUGAAGUAAAAGAAGAUGCAAAAAAACUACUAGACGCAGUUUGUUAUGCCCGUUUUGGCACAGAAUUUACAGAAGCUGUGGAACAACUUCGUGCAUUUUCACCAGAACUUGCAAAUUGGUUAGAGAAUAAAGGAGAUAUUAACAAAUGGGCAAAGUCACAAUUCCCUCAUCGACGAUGGGACCUCAUAACUACCAAUGUAGCUGAAUCAUUUAAUUCAUGGAUAAGAAAAGAGAGGACUCAUAGUAUUUGUGCUUUAAUAACAGAGCAUAGAGACAAACUUGCAAAUGUGUUAUAUACUGCAAAGUUAGAGAUGACUAAAUGGAAGAAUGAAGUUGGGCCAAAGAUUGAUAAAAUAUUGAUGGAGCAUGUAGCUAGAAGUGAGUUUCUUAAAGCAGGGAGAUAUGGAGAUCAUAAUGUUAUGGUUAGAGGGUCAAAUGUUGAUGUAUGUGUGAAUCUACUACGCAAAGAAUGUACAUGUCUUGAAUGGCAAAUGACUGGAAUUCCAUGUCCACAUGCUUGUGCUGCAAUUAAAUUAUUACAUGGCAACAUCUACACCUAUGUAGAGGAGUGCUAUCUGAAAAGUUCACAAGAAAAGAUUUAUGCGAGCAGUAUGAUCCCAAUUGAAACUCAUGAUAUGCCUGAUGUUAACAACCUAACCCUAACAGACUGGGAGAAUAAUAUUUUUCUUAUGCCACCUACAACAACUCGUCCUCCGGGAAGACCAUGCAAGAAGCGCCGGGAGUCACAAUUUCAAGAUGUGCAUGUUUACAAAUGUAGCCGAUGUGAUCAAAGUGGUCAUAAUCGUUCUAAAUGUAGAAAUCCUAAUCCAGAAAAAAUAUGAAUUUUUUUUAGGUAGUUCUAACUUUAUAGAUUUACACAUUUAGAAUUGCAAUAUUGGUUUUCUUAAGUUAUGCAUAUUAGGUGAUUCUGCUGA